CUGAAACGAAACAGAAAAUCAAUUCUCCUAAACAAACCCCUCUCCCUCUCCCUGCAUCCAACCACUCGGUCCUCAUUUGAAAAGGUGAAGAAAAAUGGGCUCGUUGACGCCGGAUUUUCGGAAGUCUGUAUCAACCAUGGCUCCUUCUCCGGCACCCUUUCUAACGCCACGGCCCGAAAGGAGGCGCCCGGAUUCAAGAGGUUCCGACUGGAAUUAUAAUCGUUCAGAUAAGGAUAAAGAGAUGAACGUCCAGGUUUUGCUUCGAUGCAGGCCCCUAACUGAUGAUGAACAAAGGUUGAACAUGCCUUCUGCAAUUACAUGUAAUGAUAGCAAAAGAGAGGUUACUGUUUCGCAGACAGUAGGCUCUAAGCAUGUGGAUCGAGUCUUCACCUUUGAUAAGGUUUUUGGGCCAAAAUCACAACAAAGGUCUAUAUAUGAUCAAGCUAUCUCUCCAAUCGUGGCUGAAGUAUUAGAGGGCUUCAACUGCACAGUCUUUGCAUAUGGGCAGACUGGAACAGGAAAAACGUAUACAAUGGAAGGGGGCAUGAGAAAUAAGAGUGGGGAUUUGCCAAUUGAGGCUGGUAUUAUUCCUAGAGCAGUUCGUCAAAUAUUCGACACCCUUGAAGCACAGAAUGCUGAUUACAGUAUGAAAGUGACCUUUUCGGAACUCUACAAUGAGGAAAUAACUGACCUUCUAGCCCCAGAAGAUCAACUAAAAUCCACAGAAGAUAGAUCAAAGAAGCCUAUUUCUUUGAUGGAGGAUGGAAAGGGUUUAGUGGUUGUAAGAGGCCUUGAAGAGGAAAUGGUGUACAGCGCUGAUGAGAUCUACAGCCUAUUGGAACGAGGUGCUGCAAGAAGACGUACAGCAGACACCUUAUUGAAUAAGAGGAGCAGUCGAUCACAUUCUAUCUUUACUAUAACUAUUCACAUAAAAGAAGGAACAGUUGGAGAGGAGGAGCUCAUCAAAUGUGGGAAGCUCAAUCUUGUUGAUUUAGCCGGAUCAGAGAACAUCUACCGUUCAGGUGUUCGAGAGGCUCGUGCAAGAGAAGCGGGGGAGAUAAAUAAGAGCCUACUAACUUUAGGCCGUGUUAUCAAUGCAUUGGUGGAGCAUUCUGUUCAUGUACCGUACAGGGAUAGCAAACUUACUAGGCUCCUAAGGGAUUCAUUAGGUGGGAAAACAAAGACUUGCAUUAUUGCCACGAUCUCUCCCUCUGCUCAAUGUUUGGAAGAGACAUUAAGCACACUAGACUAUGCACAUCGUGCUAAAAGCAUAAAAAACAAACCAGAGGCAAACCAAAAAGUAACCAAAACUGUGCUGCUUAAGGAUUUAUAUGUGGAAAUUGAGAGAAUGAAGCAAGAUAUUCGAGCAGCAAGAGAAAAGAAUGGUGUUUACAUUCCACAUGAGAGGUUUCUCCAGGAUGAAGCAGAAAAGAAGGCUAAAAAUGAGAGAAUAGAACAGUUGGAAAGUGAUCUCAAUGAGAGUGAGAAGAAAGUUGAUAAAUUCCGCGAGCUUUAUCUCACUGAACAAGAUGAGAAACUGAACAUCAAGAGUGAACUUAAAGACUGCAAGAGGAAUCUUGAGACGACCCAUAAACUCUUAGAAGAUCUAAAAGAUAAAUAUAAGAUGGCUCUUUCCACACUGAAGGAAAAGGAGGCUCUCAUCUCCAAACUACAAAAUUCUGAGAACAGUCUGAUUAAUUGUGCGAAGCAGUUACAAGUCAACUUACAAGAUGCAUCUCAAGAUAUUUCGACUCUCUUUGGAAAGAUAGAUCGUAAAGAUAAAUUAGAAAAAGAGAAUCAAAGCAUUCUCCUUGCAUUCGAAGUACAGCUUGGCAAAAGUUUGAAAGACCUUCAUGAGAUCAUCAAGAGCUCAGUAUCCCAGCAAGAACGACAGCUGAGAUGUGUUGAAGAGUACAUCACCACAUUUCUUGCUAAUAAAUAUAAGUCAAAUGAGGCCAUGGAAGCAAAAGUAAAGAAAUUGUUAGAGAUUUAUACUACGGAAAGUCUGGACAUGAAGAAGGUUACAUAUGCACUGAAGACCAAAGCAUCUUCUGAUCUGGACGAAAUAACAUCUGUGAUGUCAGCCCAAACUAUUGCAGUUGAGAAUUUCUUCCAAAAUGCAGCCUUGGAGUCAAAGGAAGUCCUUUCUGACAUUCAGAACUCCUUAAAUGAACAGAAAAGGAUGUUAGCUUUCUCUGCCCAACAGCAUACGGAGGGACUUAAUAAGAGUCUGGUCUCGGCACAAGUGAUAUCAAGUGCCGCCAUAAAUAUUUCGAAUGAUCUCCACCGGCGAGCUUCUGAACUUAUGACACUUCUUGAACAAAGUCAUGCUGAAAAAUCCCUCAGACUGCAAAACUUUGAACAGAUGUUUAAGGAGGAAGCUUCUAGAGAAGAAAAAUUAGCUAUGGACCAGAUAGCAGCCAUAUUAUCAACCCUGACAUCCAAAAGAACUGAUAUGGUAUACAAGGCCUCAAGGUGCUUUGAAGAAUCUAACACUGAAGAAAGCAAGAAAUUGCUGCAGGAGCUGUCUAACAUGCAGAAUCUUUUGAGUUCGGAAGUAAGGGAUUUGAGUGAAUACGCAGAAAAGGUCAAGGAUCACUACAUGGAAGAAACAUUCUCAUCAGCUGAACGCGUUGUUGCUAUGGAAAAUAGCUUGGUGGAAUGUGCUGAAAAUGUGGAGAGGUCUGGCCGACAGUGGCAAAAUGCACAACUGGGCACGACUCAUCUUGCCAAAAACAAUCUUCAUGACAUAACAUCUGUUAUGCAGACAAAAAUCAUCGAAACUCAUGGCAUGCAUGACUACCUUGCUUCUGUAUCCUCGUGCAUGGAUGCCGAAGUUGAUUCGCACGUCAAUGAUUUAAUGAUGGCUACAAAUGAAUCUUUGGCAUUGGACAAAGGACAUUCUAAGGAAAUAAACACGAUAACACUGGCCAGUUUGGAUCAGCUCAAUUCAAUGAGAGUGAAUCAUGGUGAAUGCAUAUCACAUAUUUCCAACAGAUCAGAGCAGUGCAUUCAUAAAGAGUACUUGGUCGAGCAGAAGACCAAUGUGACUCCUAAGAAGCGCGCGACUGCAGUUCCUAGCUUGGAAUCAAUAGAGGCGAUGAGAACUCCUGUUCAUGAUCUUAAUUCCAAAACUAAGUUGAAAUUGGAUAGCGCUGAUAACAAGAUUAUGCAGGAUCAACAUAGAAAUCCAUUUCAGGAUGUUAAUGGAGUAAUAUAGUUGGUGAAUUAAAGAAGUAAUACUGGUGUAUGUAGUUUGAAACACUCAUCUACUGAUGAGUGGCAGUAGUCUCUCCAUGUUGCUAAUGUCUCUUCUUUAGCAGUUUGGUUUUGGAGAGAGGAUAUGGAAUUUACAAAUUGUGCUAUGUACUACUAUGUGUAGUAGUAUACAAGUUAUUUUUUCUUCUAUUAGCACCGUGGCGGUUAUAUGUU